AUGAUUUCUUUUUUCCAGGACGCUUCGACCAGACCUGGCACAGGGUUUGCCUUUCACGCCACCGUCAGAUUUCCGCUCAGAAAGCCAGUGAUUCCAAUUCCUUCAUCUGAUUCACGCCACUCUGAAACCGUCGACUUCAACUCUCCGAAUAUCCUCGAACCACUUCCGCUCGGUGAUGGACCUGAGAAAUUGAUCCUCGCAAGACAAGCACUUCUUGCCACGCUUCUUCUCCCUGCUCAUAUCCCAGAUAACGCUCUAAACCCAAUCCUCAUUCCUCCACUGUUACAUUGGCACUAUACUCGCAAUCACCAUCCCUCAAGUACCUGUUGUGUCAUUCAAUAG